AUGGAUGGCGCUUCAAUUACAGCAGCCGCGCUGAAAUCUCAGGGAGUUGAGUACAUGUUCGGCGUUGUCGGUUUUCCGGUAAUUGAAGUCGGAAUGGCUGCACAAGCGCACGGAAUCAAAUUCAUUGGGUGUCGAAAUGAGCAAGCGGCGGCUUAUGCUGCUCAAGCAAUGGGAUAUCUCACCGGAAAACCGGUUGCACUUCUUGUCGUUUCGGGACCCGGCAUUCUUCACGCAAUCGGCGGCCUAGCGAACGCCACAAUUAAUUGUUGGCCGGUGAUUUGUAUUGGAGGGUCCGCUGACAUCGAGUUCGAAAAUCGCGGAGCAUUUCAAGAGUGGGCUCAGCAGGAAUCCGUGAGAAACUCGUGCAAGCAUGUGAGUAGGCCAACGACAUUGGAAACUAUUCCGGCUCACAUUGAGAAGGCGGUUCGAUGUGCAAUGUACGGAAGGCCUGGAGCGGUGUACGUCGAUUUGCCAGGAAAUCUCGUUCUCACCUCAACUGAAAACGACAUCCAUUACCCACCGCAAGUUGCGCUUCCCGCGCCAGUUUCAAUACCGCCACCAACCGUCAUUCAAAAUGCCAUCGACGUUCUGAAAUCGGCGCAGAAGCCGCUGGUGAUUGUUGGAAAAGGAGCCGCCUGGUCGGAACGCGGUGCCACACAAGUUCAACAAUUUCUGACAAAAUCGAAACUGCCUUGGCUGGCCACACCUGGUGGAAAAGGCGUCUGCUCAGAUAUUCAUCCGAGAUUCAUUGGACAAGCUCGCUCGUUGGCUCUCCGCGAGGCCGACACUAUUUUCCUGAUCGGCGCUCGACUCAACUGGAUCCUCCAUUUUGGGCUGCCGCCGCGUUUUCAAAAGAAUGUUCGAGUCAUUCAAAUCGACAUUUGUCCUGAGGAAUUCCAUCAAAAUGUCAAAACCGAGGUCGCGUUGCUUGGCGAUAUCGGAGAGACGUUGGCGGCUAUGAAUCCUCGUUUGGGAGAAUGGAGCUAUAAUGAGAAUAGCGAAUGGUUUGUGAAGUUGAGGGAAAAUGCUAAAAAGAACAAAAAUCUUGUCGAGAAAAUGGCCGAAGAUCACUCAACGCCGUUGAAUUAUUACGCUGCUUAUCAUCCGAUUCGCGACUUCCUUGCGAAACAUGAUGUGAUUGUGAUCAACGAAGGUGCAAAUACAAUGGAUAUUGGACGAACAAUGAUGCCGUCGAGAUUGCCAAAGCGUCGUUUGGACGCGGGCACAUUUGGGACAAUGGGCGUCGGACAGGGUUAUGCUCUUGCGGCGGCACUCUGGACUCGCGAUCACUCACCAAACACCAAAGUUUUGGUUGUUCAAGGCGACAGCGCUUUCGGUUUCUCUGGAAUGGAGCUCGAAACGAUUGCGCGCUACAAAUUGCCAAUUGUGACAGUGAUCAUUAACAACAGCGGAAUUUAUCGAGGCUUGCUUCCCGAAGACGACAAGGCAAUUGAAGGCGAUCGGACCCUUGGACUUCCUGUACUCUCGCUGACUGCCGAAUGCAACUACGAGAAGAUGUGCGAAGCAUUUGGCGGUCAAGGAUUCCUGGCGCGCACGGUUCCCGAAAUUCGCGAUUCUCUUGAGAAGGCGUUCCGAAAAACCGAUGGUCCCUCUCUUAUCAAUGUGUUGAUCUCGACAGACUCUGAACGAAAACCGCAAGCCGAUCAUUGGCUGACGCGAUCAAAAAUGUGA